CUACCUCACUGAACUACUGUCCAUUUCUAUUGUAUAAGGAGAAUCGCAAAGAAAAAUGGAGUUACUAAAGAUUCCUUAGAAUUUAGCAAUAACAAAUAUGAUUCUUUAUGACAGUCCUUGAAUUUAUCAUUUUAAAAUCUCAAGAUUUCAUACUUUUCUUGAGAGAACUUGAAAGAACGAAUGAUACAUUAAAAGUUGGCCAGGUUAGCCGUUCGAUUUGCUUUUAAUAGCAUUCGUCAUUCUAUCUCAUCCACCAACUUUUUUAUUGUGCCGAAGUAAUGACGUCUUUGGCAGCACUAGAAACAAAUGCAUCUCCCUUCCGACCAGCACAGCUUUUCACGGUGUAUAUCACGGAUUCUAGCCAAGGGGUUACACAAAAUGGACAGUCGUUGUAUAGUGAUACAUGGGCAACAAACUCACUCCCAACACAAUCUGUUACCUCUAGUUCUUUUCUUAACACAAAUAUUGGACAGAGUCUUGAGCCAUGGGAUAAUACCAUUCAGGUCUUAAGCUCCAGAGGCCGCAGUCUUAAUGUUUUCAAUGAAAUGUGGUCAAAUGGAUCUACGAUUACUAAUCCAUCUCUAACCAAUAUCACACAAGGUCAUUUCCAGCAACUGAAAACUGCCAAGAAAGGAACACAACCUGGCAUAGCUGUCUACUCCAAAAAGGCAUCAUUUCAACCGAAUUCCCUUACGCCACUAACGUCGACAUCAUUUGAUAAUAUUCAUGAACUAAGAAACCAAUUCAAUGAAUUAACUAUUAUCGACCGACAGACGAGCAAACGUCCACCAAGUCACUACCUUUGUCAUUUGUGUUUUAGAAAAGGGCAUUAUAUCAAAGACUGCCCUCAGGCGCGGCCAAAAGGUGAAGGACUGACUCCAUAUCAAGGAAAGAAAAGAUGUUUCGGUGAAUAUAAAUGCCCAAAGUGCAAACGCAAAUGGAUGAGUGGCAACAGUUGGGCCAACAUGGGUCAAGAAUGUAUCAAGUGUCACAUCAAUGUUUAUCCAUUCAAACAGAGACCACUAGAGAAACCUGAUGGUUUGGAUGUCUCCGACCAAAGCAAAGUGCAUCCACAGCAUCUGUGUGAAAAAUGCAAAGUUCUAGGAUAUUAUUGCCGCCGUAUGAAUUAAAUUUACCAUUAAUAGUGACAAGGAAAUGACCAUUGAAACAAGUUUUAAUGUGAAGUUAUAUAACAGAACAUUUAUGAAAUCUGGAUUUGCAUAUUUGAUUGUAAAAAUUACUAAUUGAAUUAUGUCUGUUUUCAAAGAGUUUAACAUUUCUAAAGUUGAAGAUUCAACCAUCCACUGGCAUCAAUUUACCGUUUUGAUUUUUAACAUUACGAAUUAUUCACUCUACAUAAGUCAAGUAGCUUCUGAAAAAGUGUGUAAUUAUAUGAGAAGCCUAAAUUAUUUUAACUUUGUUUAUAUAUAUAUAUAUUUGUGUGUGUAUGUAUAUAUAAAGGUAUUUGAAUUUGUACAAAUAAUAAUAAUAAUGAUAUAUAUAUAUAUACAUUUAUGAGUAAAAUUGUUGUAUACUUUUUAAUUAACUCUUGGGUGUUGAGCCAAAUGUAUAGCCGAGAAACUGAUGACGUUUAUUAUAUGCAUUUUUAAUUAAUUUUUAAACAUUAAUGAAGACAUUUAAAGUUUU